GGGCUUCUUUUGUUCAGUUUUUCUUUGAGCGCUGAUCCCCGGCAACUGUCACUGAGCCGGUAGUGGCGCCGCGGCGGUUGACCUUUGAACAUUGUGUGGGCACUGGGCCAGAAUCUUCAGCGUUGUGCUUAAUCGGCACGCUUUUGCAAUGCAGGCGGUAUUAUCACUUUUCCUUGAUUUGCUCUCGUCAGCUCCCAAACUCCGGACCAGUCUUGCCUCACCAUUGCCGAGCUUCGAAUACAGCCACGGCUCCUACACCGAUGUGCCUUUCCUGGAUUCAACUUCCGCCGCACAGCUCCCGCCAGGCUACCCAGCGCUAUCGUCAACGUCAUCACUUCUUCCUGUGGAUUUAAACAGCUGGCACUCCGAAACGCUCUUCAGUGGGCACGGGACCAGCGUUGGCAGCGUUGUGCUUAAUCCGCACGUUUUGACAAUGCAGGGAAUGGGACGAAGGAGAAAAAAGGCCCUAGAAGAAGGUGGACAGAAGAAAAAAAAGGAAGAGGGUUCAGGCAGUGUGAUGAUUUCGUUCAACAUCGACGCAGAACUCCAAUCAAGGCUACCACAAUGUCUACCACGGCGUCUGGAGAUCCUCUAUCACCGGCUUUGACAGAAGACUGCCUACACGAACAAUCUUCUUUUUCGCAGUGUCGAGACAACAAAUCAAUGUUGUGACAACUGCGGCGCCAUGGAAUAUCUAGAGCACAUCUUGCUUGCGUGCCCAGCUUACAGAGACUACCCUCAUCGGUAAAAAAUGAACGACCAAGGCCACGUAGCAUUAAAACGGAUUCUAGGUCCCUGGCCUUGCCCUUCAACACUGCGCAAAGCUCUAGACGUCUUGUUUUUAUAUUUUGAGUCAAUUGAUUUGCUGUCUUAGCUAUGUCUCACGCACGUCGUCUCAUCAAUACUGGGAUUUCUUUUUAUUUUGCAUUUGUCCUCUGCCCUCAUCUCAUCUGACACUAAUAAACGAGGAGAGCGCUUGAUUUGGGGGUUCAAACAA